CUCGAUUCAAAUCCCUUUAACUGUCAACACGCGCGCCAAUUUCAAAUAAAGAAUCUUGUGAAAAUUUUUAUUAAAAUAAUUAUUUUUAAGCAGUGUUAUUUGGUGUUAUUCAUACUUUUUAAAUAUAUCUCUCUGUAUUAGUUUUCUGUACAGUCAUACGAAAGUAAAAGGAGGUGAAACGCUUGUAUAUCGAUAAAAAAAUGCGAUCACAAUAAAAUCCAGCUGCUUGUGCGGCCAUCCAAGAUGGCGGCGCGUAAUGCCGCGGUGGUCAUAGAACGGGCCUGCAAAUACUAUGGCUCGCCAGACAAGCCUGACUAUAAGCCUGUGCUUAUAGAUAUGAACAUGACAGUUGAAAGGGGAAUUAUAUACGGGCUUCUUGGACCAUCAGGUUGCGGUAAAACUACACUUCUCUCAUGUAUAGUGGGCAGACGAAAACUGAACAGCGGCAAUGUAUGGGUAUUGGGAGGAAAACCGGGUGAAAGAGGAAGCGGGGUACCGGGACCCAGGGUCGGCUAUAUGCCUCAGGAUAUAGCGUUAGUAGGUGAAUUCUCAGUUCGAGAUGCCGUCUACUACUUCGGGAGGAUAUACGGCAUGAAGGAUGAUAGACUGAGGGAGCGGUUUGCGUUCCUCAGUGAACUUCUAGACCUAGCCGAUGAAGGAAGGCUGAUCAAAUCACUUUCUGGAGGACAGCAGAGAAGAGUAUCGCUGGCUGCAGCAUUAGUGCACGAACCAGAACUCUUGAUAUUGGAUGAACCAACUGUAGGAUUGGAUCCUAUGUUGAGAGAAAGAAUUUGGGAGUUUCUAUCAGAGUUGGCAAGAAGAGGAACUACUGUUAUCAUUACAACGCACUAUAUCGACGAAACAAAACAAGCGCAUAAGAUCGGCCUACUCCGAGAUGGUCAACUUUUGGCCGAGGAAGCACCCGAACAGUUGCUGCGUAAAUUCGAUUGUGAUACCCUCGAGGACGCAUUCCUCAAACUGGCGCUCAGGCAGCACAAUUUGCCACCGAGACGGCAGUCAUCACUGUCGGUAUCUCCUGACGUGAUACCAGAGAGUAGUAUACCUGGUAGCCAGUAUUCGUCACGAGAGACCUUCAAUGUAGUCACCAGCAGCACAGAUGUAUUAACUAAGAACGAGAAACCAAAAGACUGUAACAGUAAAUCUAAGGCUCGCUAUAAGGCUGUAUUCAUCAAAAGCAUACAGCAAUUCACAAGGCAUCCCGGUGGUCUAAUAUUUUCCGUGAUAUUCCCCAUUCUGCAAGUGGUGGCAUUCUUCUCCGCCGUGGGCCACGACCCAAGAGAUCUGAAGAUCCCUCUUAUAAAUGAGGAGGCAGCUUCCUCGCCAUAUGGUCUGGAUAUAUGUAAAAAUAAUAGUCUACAACCAAUAACACGGCUAGAAGAUGACAUUUGCGAGUUUGACAUGAUCAGUUGUUGGUUUCUGGACGAAGUGCAGAAAAAAUUAUUACAUCCAUUGCCAUAUAACUCGACUGAAGAAGCGAAAAACUCGGUGCUACGGGCGAAGUAUCACGGCGCGAUGCACAUCGGUCGCAACUUUAGCGAAGCACUCGCCACCAGACUUCGAGACGGCGAUGUUGGCGACAACAUCGUCGAUGACAGCAAUAUUGAAGUCUGGAUUGACACUAGCAAUUUUCAGAUAUCAAACUUCAUUAAAACGCAACUAAUGAAAGCGUAUAAGGAUUUCAUGAAGCGAGCUAUGAUAGCUUGCGACAAAAAUGAAGGCAUGGCACAGCUUCCAGUUAAUUUCCACGACCCAGUCUACGGAGAUAAGGAUGCACAAUUCCAAAACUUCAUGGCACCCGGAGUUAUGAUAACGAUAAUCUUUUUCCUGGCGGCGGUGGUGACGUCCACGCUGAUGAUCAGCGACCGUCUGGAGGGCGUGUGGGAGCGAAGCGCGGUCGCCGGCGUCAAACCCAAGGAAAUGCUCAACGUUCACAUUGUAUUGCAGUCUGCAGUUAUAUUGAUGCAGACAAUAGAAAUGAUGUUGCUAGCAUUCGUCGGCUACGGGCUUGACUCCAAAGGGUCUCUGCUGACCGUCGGUAUACUGCUAUUCCUGCAAGGUCUUAGUGGGAUGUGCUACGGGUUUCUCUUAUCUAUUUACUGCGGCAGCUUCACCAUGGCUUUCUUCGUGGCCACAGGCAGCUUUUAUCCCAUGAUUUUAUUAUGCGGUAUUCUAUGGCCAUUGGAGGGCAUGUCGAUGGGCUUGAGAUAUGUCGCCCUCACGCUACCCUUCACAAUCCCCUCAAAGUCCCUCCGAGAUAUCAUGGAAAAGGGGUACACCAUCGCCGACCCGACGGUAUACUACGGAUUCCUGGUGACGGUGGCCUGGAUCGUCAUAUCACUAUUGCUAUGUUUACUCAGACUGAAAUAUAAGAAAAUGUAGUGUGGAUAGAUUUAUUAAUUUGUAUAUAGAAUUAUUGUAUAUAUUUCCAGGAUCAACCAAAUCAUUAUGAAUAUAUUUAUAGAUAAUAUAUUGUAAUAUGUAUAUAGUACUUCCUAGUUCUUAAUACAUAUUUUUUAUAGAAAAAUUGAUCUUAGAACGGACAAAUGUAGUCACAGCGAUUAAAAAUGGCCGUUAAACCAUAAAUAGAUUCAUAUGUAUUUUAUACAUACAGCUAUACUACAAUAUUAAAACAGAACAAAGCAUUCAGUUGCUGGUGCUACCAAGUUUAAAGGAUAUAAAAAGGGUUAGGGGUGUACUAGGACUAAAAUUAGGCAAAAGAAGGUAAAUUUUACCCUAAUUUUUGUUCUUCACUAUCAGUUGAUACCUAAUUUAAAAAUAGCUACCCUAAUAUACUUACCACAGGGAAUUGUAGUAUACAUAGAUUAUAACGCGUCAGCAUUUAAAAAAUUACAGUAGAGAUUUCCACUAUUAAAAGUUCUUGAGUUAUUUAGUUAAUAAAAAUUGAGCAUAGCUCUACCGGGUAGCAUGUAUAUAGCUUACUAUAUAAGUAUAAAUAGAUAUAGAAAUUAUCUUCUGGUAAGAAUUUAAUGGUUAUACCGGUACGG